CUGGGGCCGCGGGCAGCGGGCACGGGCAGCGCGCGGCCAGGCAAGACGGGGAUGCGCGCGGGGCCCCGGCGCCGGGGAGAGCAGAGCGGGGGGCUCGGGCCGGGCCGCUGACGGCGCCAUGGCCAUCGCGCACCUGGCCACCGAGUACGUGUUUUCCGACUUCCUGCUCAAGGAGCCGACCGAGCCCAAGUUCAAGGGGCUGCGGCUGGAGCUGGCGCUGGACAAGCUGGUCACGUGCGUGGGCGUGGGGCUGCCGCUGCUGCUCGUCUCGCUGGCCUUCGCGCAGGAGAUCUCCACGGGCUCCCAGAUCAGCUGCUUCGCGCCCGGCUCCUUCUCGUGGCGCCAGGCGGCCUUCGUGGAUGCGUACUGCUGGGCGGCGCUGCAGCAGGGAGAGCCCCUGCAUGGAGAUGGGGGGCAGCUGCCCCUGUGGCUGCACAAGUUCUUUCCCUACAUCCUGCUGCUCGUGGCCAUCCUGCUGUACCUGCCAUCCCUCUGCUGGCGUUUCACGGCCGCACCGCACCUCUGCUCUGACCUCAAGUUCAUCAUGGAGGAGCUGGACAAGGUGUACAACAGGGCCAUCCAGGCCGCCAAGAGCGCACGGGCCCUGGACGCUCGGGAUGGUGGCUGCGCGGAGCCCGUGGGCCAAAGCCUGUGGGAGAUCUCCGAGAGCCACUUCAAGUACCCGAUCGUGGAGCAGUACCUGAAGACCAAGAAGGGCUCAAGGCGGCUCAUCGUGCUCUAUCUGGGCUGCCGGCUGCUGACGCUGGCCACGGUGCUGCUGGCCACCGGCUGCCUGGGCUACUACUGCGGGCUGCCCGCACGCACGGACGAGUUCGCCUGCGGCCUGCACUCGGGGCUGCUGCGCAACGCCAGCGGCGUGCCCGAGCGCGUCCAGUGCAAGCUGGUGGCCGUGGGCGUGUUCCGGGUACUGAGCCUGGUGCACCUGGCCGUGUAUGCACUGCUGGCACCCGUGGUGUUCUACUCGCUGCUCGUGCCCCUGCGCCAGCGUGCCCACGUGCUCCGCGUCUACGAGAUCCUGCCCACUUUCGACGUGCUGCACCUGCAGCCGCAGGGCUAUACCGACCUGAGCCUGUACAACCUCUUCCUGGAGGAGAACGUGAGCGAGCUCAAGUCCUACAAGUGUCUGAGGGUGCUGGAGAGCAUCAAGCGCAGCGGGCAGGGCAUCGACCCCAUGCUCCUCCUCACCAACCUGGGCCUCAUCAAGAUGGACGUGCUGGACGGCAGGGCCCGUCCACGCACACCCCCACCCUCGGGCCCGGCCGGAGACACACAGGAUGGCCAGGCGCCCGAGGCCACAGAGGAGACACAGGCCAACAACGAGGACAAGCACGCGCGGCAGAGGCUCCUCAACAGCUCCUGAGCCCGCUGGCUGUCAGGUCUGUCCAGGGAUGCCCCACUCGGCCCACAUCCCAGCCAGACGCAGAGACACGAAUGACACACAGGCUGUGGCCAGUCUGGUUGGGAGAAGGUGCCGCCACCCGUGUGCAGAGCAGAGCGCUCCUCACACUCAGGACACCCGGAGUGCGACUCCGGUGGGCACUCCUCCCACCCGCCCCCCUGGGGGCCACGUUUACCCCAUCAGAUCAGUGUUCUGUGGAAGGCAGCUGGGUCCUGGCCCCAGGCAAGGGGCGCUGUCGGUGGUCUAAGUUAUUCUGCGUCGGUGUAUUUAUUGCUGCUGUAUCCCAGACUCCAUCCCAAUGUCACUCUGUGCACGGGACGAGCCUCCGGGUCUGUGCUCUGCAGAGAUCACUGGAGAUGCAUUUCGGGAGCCCUGUUUGAUUCUCAGGCCGGGGCGCCGGCAGCUCCCAGACUGCCUGGCUGAGGCCCUCAGACCUGGCCCACACCUGGCUAAUGUUUGUGCUUGUACCUCCCCACCCCCACCCCACCCUGUGGUGCUCCAGCCCCUCAUCCCCAACCCUCAGUCUCAGGGGUUAAGCCCCAGGGCUCUGGGGCCAUCCCUGGGGCCAUGGUACAGCAGCAGAGCCCCUUGCUCCUGGGUUGAGGCUGCUGGGACCCUCAGGGUCCUGAUGCCAGGCCAGGCGGAAGGAGCGAGAGAGGGAGCCGGGUCAGCACCUUGGACAGCUCCCACACCCUCUGAGCCGCCCCUGGCACCUCCCCAUACUUCCUCUGAGGCCUCCUGUGUCCAAACCGGCCUGCAGGGGGCGGGCAUGUCCCCCAUGUGGCAGGGUUCUGCAUGAGCACAUUCCUUGACCCCCGAUGAUGGCCUCUUUGAGGUCCAGCUUCCUUCCAAGUGACCUGGGUACUCAACUACAUGCCCCUGACGUAUGCCAUGCAGCCCAAACACUGCCCUGUCUGACCCCCCAUCGACAUCUGGCACAUGGUCCCUGGACUCCCCCUUCACACCGAGACAGUGACAGCACAUGCACGCACAUGUAUGUGUGUGCAUGCAUAUGUGUGUAUAUGCAAGUGUGUGUCCCACUGCAUAUGCUUGGGACUCUGACCCUGUGUCCGCCCCCCCCCCCCCCCGGGCUGGAACAUGGACCAGAGCUGCCCUCAUAGGCCUUGUCAUCUGGCCUGCUGCCUGUGCUGCAGAAGGACUCCCGGGCCAGUGGGUUCCCUGGGUGGGACAAUGGGGUUGUAGCCAACCCAGAGAGGAGGCAGCCAAGCCUCUCCCAGCAAGGUCUCCUGGAAACCACAACGGGCCCUUGUGCCAGAGGGCAUGGAGCUUGGCCGGGGCCUGACCAAGGCGGUCUCAGCUGCUCCUGACUGGUCCCACCAGGCACCCAGGGCCAGCAAUGGCAUCUCACCCCAGUGGGGCCUCAGGGCUGCAGAGAAAAUGCUGGACCUCCUGCAGAAGGGGCGGGGGGGUGGGCACUGCCUCACACACCCCGCACUGGGCCUGCACCCAUGGGGGCCUCAUGGAGCACAGGUGCUCCCGUUGGGAACUCUUCCCCAGCACCUUCCUGCCCCCACAUCUGGAAUCCUCACUGCUGAGAGGUCCCCAGGAUGGGGGGUGUCGCUGGUCUGAUACUGGUCUGGUGGCCACCCGUGUCCUGCAGUGAGUGAUGGGCUAUCCAGAUGCGCUAGACGAAUGUCCCGCCCUGUCCUCUCACACCACUCUGCUCCUUGUGCUCAGCUGCUGCACCCCUGCAGCCAAGCCCAGAGCCUGGGUACAGCCCUGCGUCUCUGAGUGCCCACUCCCCUUGGGUACAAAGAUAUCCCCCUCCCGCACAUUGGCAGUUUGUCUGGAUACCAUGGAUUCAGGACACUCAAGGCAAUGCCUAGAACUGAGCCCAGGGGUAAACCCUCAGUCUGUGGACAGCAAAUCUGACAGAGGAGCCGCAGCAUGAGAUGGAAAGUUGCCCAGACGGCUGAGAUGGGGCCAAGAAAACCGGCCACGUGUGAGAAAGGAGGACGAACUGGAGCUAUCUCAUGUUGUACACAAACGCCAACCCAGUGUGGACUGGAGACUGGGCCAGGACCCAUGGA